AUGUUUGAUACACUUGGACUCAUUUGCAUGAUGUGGUGUUAUAUGAUGCUAUUUCAUCCCUUGCAUGCUGACAUCCAGUAUGUAGAGCCAGAGGCACAAGAGUCACCUAUUGCAAAUGUGAAAAUGAAUUGGAGAAAAAUGGAACUGACCUGGGACAGCAUCAAAAAUUUCUCUAAGUACAAAUGUACUAUCAUGGACAGGGACAUUGAAAGGAUACAGACAGAGGUGGAUAGCCCACUAUGCAGGUUUCCAGUGGAACUAUACCUGCCUCUGCACAAAGGGAUAUUCCUUACUAUUGAAGUGCCAAACACAAACAUCUCAAAAACCUUCACCUUUAUCCCAGGAGGCAUAAAUGGAUCAGCCAUUGAAAACUUCUCCUGUGUGAUUUAUAACAUUUCCUUCAUGAACUGCACUUGGCAGGCAGGCAAAGAUGCACCAGGAGAUACCCAGUAUUUUCUCUAUUGGCAGAACUCCCGAUAUGAUGAUGCGAUGGAAUGUGAGCUUUACAUUAAGGAUGAAAAUGGCAGAAAUACAGGAUGUAGAUUCCAAAAUGUGAGGAUAGAGACUGAAAAAGCUUACUUCCUGGUGAAUGGCUCUAGCAAAGACUCCCUGAUCCAGCUCUAUGAUGAGUACAUCGAACUGUAUAAAAUAGAAAUACUCACUCCUCCAUUAAAUGUCACUGUCAAUUGUACUGGAGAUUCAGCAGGUUGCAUAAUUACAUGGCAAGCACCCCUUACAAGUCAUGUGGAAAACAUAAAGUGUUUUCAGUAUGAAAUUAGCAUACAAAAUAAGGAUGAACCCAAAGAAGAGAAAAAGGAUCCUCCUGUAAGAGUAAGGAACAACAGAUAUGAAUUCCAAAAUUACAAUGAAGAAAAAAAGUACAUUCUGAAAAUCAGAGCACGUGGAAAAAAUUGUCUCGUAAGCUCAAACUGGGGGGAAUGGAAUGAACCCAUUGAGUUUGGUCACGGGAAAGAUCACUUUCCUUUUGUGAUUUUAUUUCUGAUAGCACUUGGAACAAUCUCAGUGACACUGCUCCAAUAUUGUCUUUUCAAAAGGUACUGCAAUUUCAAGAGCAUAUUUUCUCCCAUACCACAACCAAGAGACAAAUUUAAUGCAUCAACUGAUGAAGAUAUCCAGACAGAAUAUGUAAAUUUACCAAAAAAAGGUUGUACUGAGGAAGUAACUAUGGUUGAAGACAUGACCUAACUUCCAAAAAAGAACACACCUGGUUUCCCCAACUGGAUCCACCAACAUGCAAGAAAAUCAUGAAUGCUCCUGACAAAAAGACUUCAAACCAGACUAAAAAUUAGUAUAAUAACCUGUCCCAUGAAAAUCCACCCAAAAUGGAACAGAGUGAAAGAUGGA